AUGAAAUACAUUUUCGGUGCUUUACCCCACGCAGCCGUUCCCGAAUCAAAGCUGAAAUUUGCGGAGAAAAUGAGCCAAAGUAUUGCAGGAAUGCCAAUGGGAACAAGUUUUGUGACAAGCAGCUAUCCAACGACGAAACAUGUGAUGUCACAAUCGACCGCACCUGGCUUCUCACUAAAUUCAAAAGGGGAAACGAACGGGGAUGCAAUGGCCCAAUCACAAAUUAUCGACGCAAUGUUGGAGACCAGCGAAUUGGCCAAGACUAGCCUAGUUUACAGCCCCUGGACCCCGGUUGGAACCUUCAGAAACCGUCUAAAGAAUUCAGAAACCUUC